AUGCCGACGUCGCCGUCGUCGCAGAAGCUACACCGAAUGAUUAGGCGGCAGGAGAACCAGCCCGGACCGGAAGGAUCGUCGCGGUCGCGGAGAGGGGCACGGCGGUCGAGUCCGUCGGUGGGAGACAGUGGGAGCGGCAGUGGGCCCUCGAUCGCCGUGGCCGAGGAGGGCGCCGCCGAUGCCGAGCUCUCGCGCUCACCCUCGAGUGUCAGCCAAGCCAUGGCGAUGGCGGUCGCGACGCGUGCCCGCCAAUCAGAGAGCGCGGUCGUCCCCUCGCCCUCGUCGACAUCGGUCCGUCUCGGGGAUCUCUCGACCCGUCUCUCUGGCUGGUUCUCCCACCUCACGGGCAGCACGACCGACCUGGGGAUGACUAAUAGUCUGUCCAACGCGGCUACCAUGGUCCCUGCUUCCCCCAAACGAGCACAGCCACGAACAGACGGUCCUAUGUCCAACGUUGCGCGACCAGUCAAGGGUGGGAUCGACAAGGUGAUGCGCUACCUGACAGACAGCGAUGCGACACCGGACGGAUGCACCGAUCCCAUCUGGAUCCUCGGUGUUCUCCAUGCUGGGUUCGAGCCCCCCGACCCCUCGGCAUCUCCCCCGCCACAGCCAACAUCUCCCCAUCGACGCGACUCGACCGAGAGCAGUCUCCAUGCCCAGCUCCACCGCAGGGCCCGCAAUCCCCCCGGCGCCUUUACCCACCACCAGAACCCGUCUCUCCAGUCCGUCUCCUCCUUCACCAUCGAGUCCGGCGGCCCAAGCAAGUACGCCCACGCAUGGCCACCCGUGUUCUACGAAGACUUCACCUCACUCAUCUGGCUCACAUACCGCUCCCACUACACACCCAUCCGCGACACAUCCCUCGAGUCCCUCGCCCCCCUCGGUCCCUGCGACAUGGAAAUGGCCCCCGCACACCUCGUCCCAGCCAGCCCCCGUCGCUGGAACUGGCCAGGAUCAGCCGACAAGUCCUGGACAUCAGACGCCGGCUGGGGCUGCAUGCUCCGCACUGGCCAGAGCUUGCUCGCCAACGCCCUCAUCCACCUUCAUCUCGGGCGAAACUGGCGCCGUCCACACUACCCCAUGUUCGCCGAGGAACACGCAGUCUAUGUCAAGAUCCUCACCUGGUUCUUCGACACUCCCUCGCCUCUCGCUCCCUUUGGUGUCCACCGCAUGGCCCUUGCUGGCAAGGCCCUAGGCAAGGAUGUUGGAACUUGGUUCGGCCCUUCCACCGCAGCCGGUUCCAUCAAGACAUUGGCCCAUGCUUUCCCCGAGUGCCAGCUAUCCGUCUCUCUGGCCGUAGACGGCACCGUGUUUGCUUCGGACGUAUACGCUGCCUCCCACAUGGGCAUGGUUACCACCAGCGGUCGCAGCAUCAGCUCCCGCCGAAGCGCAUCCAAAUGGGGUGGACGCGCCGUCUUGAUACUCGUCAAUAUACGACUUGGGCUAGAUAAUGUCAACCCUAUUUAUUAUGACGCACUCAAGUCCCUCUUUCAAUUUCCUCAAUCUGUUGGUAUAUCCGGCGGUCGACCUAGUUCCUCUUAUUAUUUCGUCGGAAGUCAGGCCGACAGUUUGUUCUACCUCGACCCCCAUCACACACGACCCUAUAUACCCCUCCGCCCACCUCCCUCGGUCGCGCCCGAGCCUUCUGACACGGAAGACUCGAUCCCGGAGGAGACUAGCGAUGUCCCCGCUACACCCAAUGCCAAAUUACAACCCAGACGAGAUAUUACUCCCGAUCCACACCCGACCCCGCGCCCGCGCGUCAGCUCUCCCGCGAGUCCGGCUUCGAGUGAUGUAGGACAUCAUCGUGCUCGGUCUAGCUUUUCCCCGCCCCGAUCAAUGCCCAAUUACCAGUUGCCCUCUGCCUCGUCGAGCUCCAAGUUGGCACCGUUGAUUCCCGGCGGGAUUGAUUCGCCAGACGGAAUCCAUUACUGCUGUGCGUACAGCGCGGCCGAAUUGAGAACUUUCCACUGCGAUCGCGUUCGCAAGAUGCCCAUGUCGGCCCUCGACCCAAGCAUGUUGCUCGGCUUUUUGUGCAGGGACGAUGCAGACUGGAAGGACUUUAGAACAAGAGUUGCGGAUAUGAGUAAAAAAACCAAGACUCUGUUUUCCAUUGCGGACGAACCUCCGUCGUGGAGCGACAUUGACUCGGACGACAUGGGUCUCGAGAGUGUGUCUGAACCAGAUAUGGACUCUGUCCCUGACCACGACGAUGCGGAAGAUUUCUAUGAUACCCACACGGGCGAAACGCGCAGUGCCAUUCUUGGACGUGCCGAGACCUCUCCACCGGGAGAACUUUCCACCACCGACGAGUCGAUGGAAGUCGUCACGCCUGGCCCACGGCAUUCUGCGCGUUUUGAUACUAUGCGGCCCACCAAGGACAAACUGACCCACCAUAGUAGGGCGGCGAGUAGCGAAGGCGGAGAUGAUGAUUGGGUCGAUCCUGCACCACCGCCAUCAGACGUCAGCCAGAUUCCUGGGGUUGAAAAUGGCGCCCCCGCUUCGAUCAGCGCAACACCUAGCCCGGAUUUGGUCCCCUCUCCAUCGGUGCCCAGCGUUGUGAGUGAAGGAUCGAGUUUGCCCGAGAGCCCAGUACGCCGGGGCGGUAAAUUCCCCUUUCCGGCUGGAGAUGAUGACGAGGAAGAGUUGAUCAUGCAGUAUCCCAAAGCACAGAGCACACGUGGCUCUACCCAGUUGAGAACCGUGCGCGCGCGAGACGGCGGGCGGACGAAGAGUGGGGGUGUGAGGGGGUUGGUUGAGAAGGACGAGGCAUAG